AUGCGUGACAAUAUUGAUGGCCUACUUCAUGAUACUUUCAGAGAUGGUGCAUGUGACUUGAGGCUUGAGGGAGUGAGAGAGGGGCCAUCCGAAGAUGCAAAGAAAUUUUUUAAAUUGCUGGAGGAAGGUAAACAAGAGUUAUAUCAUGGGUGUGAGAAUUUAUCUAAACUUAAUUUCACCAUUCGAUUAUUCUUGUUCAAAUGCAUUCAUGGUUUGAGUAAUGUGGCCUUUGGAGACUUGCUAGACCUGUUAAGAGAGGCAUUUCCAUUUGCUCAUAUACCUGAGUCGUUCCACAAGGAAAAAAAUGUGAUUAAAGAUUUGGGUCUUGAUUAUGAAAAAAUACAUGCAUGUCCUAAUGAUUGCAUGUUAUUUUGGAAGGAAAAUGAGAAGGAAAAUAAUUGCUAUGUUUGUGGCUCGUCUAGAUGGAAGACUGUUAAUGAUCCCUUGACUAAUGAAAGCUCCAAAAUUCCUGCAAAGGUUUUAAGGUACCUUCCCUUAAAACCUAGGCUUCAGAGAAUAUUCAUGUGUCCUAAAAUAGCUGCAAAUAUGAAAUGGCAUGAUACUGAACAACCCAAACAUGGCAAUAUAAGGCAUGCGGCUGACGGGGAAGCUUGGAAGAAUUUUGAAUCCUUGCACGAAGAUUUUGCUAGAGAUCCUCGUAAUGUUAGAUUGUGUCUUUCAAGUGAUGGUUUCAACCCGUUUCGAACCAUGAGUAUUUCCCAUAGCACAUGUCCUGUUAUGUUAAUGAAUUAUAAUUUAUCACCGUGGAUUUGCAUGAAACUGGAGUAUAUGAUAUUAUCUAUGAUCAUUCCAGGUCCAUCGUCUCCAGGAAAGGAUAUUGAUGUCUACCUUCAACCACUAAUUGUAGAAUUGUGGGAAACUGGGAUGGAAACAUAUGAUGCUGAUUCUAUCCAAACUUUUCAAUUGCGUGCAACCUUAUUAUGGACAAUUAGUGAUUUUCCAGCCUAUGCAAUGCUUUUUGGUUGGAGCACAAAAGGAAGAAAGGCAUGCCCAACUUGUAAUCAUGAGACAUGCUCUCAAUAUCUCAAACAUAGCCAUAAGAUGUGUUACAUGGGUCAUCGAGCAUUCUUACCUCCUGAUCAUCCAUUUCGAAGAGAUAAGAAAUCAUUUGAUGGUAAAAAAGAUCACAGAUCUGCACCUACUCCUUUAUCAGGCACAGAAGUAUUAGAAGAGUUGCGUGAAUUCAAUAAUAAAAUGUCAAAAGCCAACAGUGAGAAUCGGAAAAAGUUGAAGAAUCAACAUACUGUUGGCAAGAAAAGCUUUGCUUUAGUUCGCAAUGAUUUGGAAAAAUAG